UUUAUCUUGCCAGCAUCUGACAGGUGGCCUGUACUCGUACUGAUGACAACAAAGCUCAACGACAAGCGACGUAGAUUUCCAGCUUGCCAGGCCGAAGUCGGCCAAGAGUUUUUUUGUAACUGUUGCUAGUGAAGGUUUUGUGAUCGUCUUGAAAAGAAACAGUACUCGUACAUGGCCUUUUCUAAUCAUCAUUUCUAGCAAGCUUGUUCAGUCUACAAAAGUCAUUAUUGUACGUGAUUUGGGUCGUACAUCGAUCGUUGUGAACUGUCUGAACUUUCAAAUCGCGCCCUCGUCUCUUAUCUGGAUAUCUGUUCAAACUUCAAAACCAACAUAUUGUUCGAACUCAAUGCAACAUAAUGCGUGGACGGCAUUUGACUUACAAGUGUUUUCCGUAAUAGUUUCGUGGUAUGGAAUGAGGCCAUGUUUGGCAUCGAUUGAGUUACGACAAGGAAGCUGACUACGCACAGCCGUGUGAGAUUGAAAUGGACCACCGACUCCGGGGUGGCGGAGAGAGUGCCAUUAGUUCUUGGUCUUUACAGACGCAACCAACGAACCCUGUCACCAAGUUCCAGCCAUGCCUGGAAAGUUUGUUGGAUAGCGAAGCUAGCUUGUGGGGUUCGCCUGAGCUGCGAGUUGUGGGUCAGGAAAGUAGCCAUCCUAUCCUUACAACCGCCUGGCAUUCCCACUCCCAUGAAGGCCAAGCUCUCCUCAAACAUGGCAGCUUAGUGACUCCAGUACAUGACUACUAUCUGAACCUAGAGAAGAACCGCUGCUGUUUGACAUUGGCUGGUCGGCGACAUGUCAUUAAUUCUGUACGAGUGGUGCAUGAUAAUACUGUACCGGAGCCCACCUCGCCGCCACCACCACAGCAGCAUCGUGCAGUGCAUCCCCGACAUGGCGUGGCUAAUCGGAGCAGUCGGCAAAACCCACGCCGUGGAAGCGAGGUCGUGCUGGCUGGUGAUAACCUCACAUUGUAUCAGAGCUCUUUGUUGAGUGCCUUCUUGCCUGUUCUUGCUGCCCCCGGUCCACCGAGUCCGUUUACGCCCGCAAUGGUAGCUACACCAACAGACGUCACAGCCACAGCAGGGUUCUCUUUCGGUGGUGCUGCUACAGCUGGGGACAAGGAAGUGCCGUCACUGCGGAUGAGUGCUGCUGCCAGUGCCUUGGCCAAUUUGGAGAAAGACUUUGGCUCAACAGGUGAGCUGUCGUCGUUUGUGUCCUCCAUAGAGCACCAGUAUGAUCGUCAGGGAAUCAAGAAAGGUGCAGAGCCACCGGCGCUGGACUCAGUGACGACGGAAAUGCUACGCGAGCUUGUUCGCUUGGUAUUCCAGCAGACUGAGCAGCAGCAGAUGUGCACGGAGCAUGACUUGCGCGAUGCCGUGGGCCGUCGUUCAUACAGUGAGGUGCUUGCCCGGCAUUUGAUGGCAAGGCUCAGCGUACUAGAGAAUAACUCGCACCAGUUCUAUCGGCCAACUGCGUUUCUAUGUCCGCAAGCGUAUGAUGAAUGGGUUCAAGGUGAGAAACAGCACAUCAAGCAGCUGCUGAAUCGCUUCUGGCACUAUUCUCUGCCCCAUCCAUCCAGAACAUCAUCAUCUGCAUCCUCAUCGAGUCUGUCCACACGCUUGCUACGUGCUGAUCACCACGCCGCAUAUAUGCAACUGCUAGAUCGUGUUGUGCACCAGCAGGAGUCGAUCAAGGGCCACCCUGGUGUUCCAUUGCUGCCCACUGCUCGACGUUUGCUCAAGGAGUUUGCGCUACGGUUCGGUGUUGGUGAGCUGUUUUGUCGCAUUGCUUACCUGCGUCUGCUGAGCCAGAACAUGGAGCACGACGUGUGGUUCUGCCGACAUGUUUGUGUCUCGCUGCUGGCUGUACUGGAGCUGCUGCCUGUCAAGCCAUCACAGCGCACCACCGCAGUCAAGAGUGAACUGGAGCGACUUCAUGAAGCCGUGGCCACGCUGCAUAGUCACAUUGACCACGCGCUAACUCGCAUACACAUCCUCUUUCCUGGCAAUGCACCGCCCGAUGGCAUCGCGUCCAUGCUGCAGCUGCUGUCGCUGGUUCUGUUUACUCAACGCUAUCUGACCAACCAGCCUGGACAGUCGGUAUCACACUGGCUACAACGCUACUUGGACGAUGGCUUUGAGUGGCGCUUUGAGUACCACAAGACGGUGCUCUCUGCUGAGCUGGAGAUCAUGUCGGCUGUGAAGCCGCUCACACCAGCUCUACUCAACGGCCUCCUGGUUGAGAUUCGCAACGAAGUACUGGGCCUGGCUGACUUCUACGAGCCAUCGUUCAAACGCUACUUUUCUAUUAGCCAGCUGGGACGACGUUCCUUCUACCAGCUGUUGAUGAAAGAUGUCCAAGAGCUAUGCCAGUUCCAGCAUCCCAGUGAGCAACUUGAGCUAGACAUGCUUGCACUGAUGUACCGCUUGGCAGAACUCGACAAGUGCUGGGUCGGCUGCAUUGCUGUGUCAGAGCAGGUUUGGCGUGAACCGUUCUUCCGCUUGGUACUGUCAUGGUUGCAUGUGCUACAGAAGCAUGCCGUGCGUUGGCUACUCACCGCCUGUAUCAAUGACAAGUGGAGUACGCUCACGCUGCCCGGCUUCGAGUCCCGUGCUAACGCUGUUGCUGCUGCUGCCGCCGGUGCUGUCCGAGUGCCGCUUACAGCAGCACCUGACUCUGGGGCCAUCACGUCUACACCUGUCAUGCCGGUUAUGCGUGGCCUGCGCAGUACGAUGGAGCAGUCUUCUGUGUCGCCCAUGUCAAGUCUCUUUGGAGAUCCAGAGCUGUCAGCCUUCAGCCGUCAUGAAACCGCGUCCAACAUGGCACUGGCAGGGUCAUUGAACCUCUCCAGAUCCGAAGUUCCAAGCCAGUCCUAUGUGCCGACAGAUUCCAGGACACACGUUUCAUCAUUGCCAUCAGUAGCAUCAUUGGAGGACAGCCAAACGUCUCGCCGUACCUCCCUUCUACAGCGCUCCCUGGCAUCCAAUGAUCUGCAAAAUUCGCUUGACCGCAUAUUGUCUUUGCCGCUUGACGAGGGCAAGCUGCUCUCUCACACACCAGUGCUGACAUUCAUGUGUCGCGAGUCAUCAGAAUCGCUCAGUCCGCUUCCUACCUCUGAAAACCGCCUGUCAAGCUCUCAGCAUGGUAGUCGACGAAGCAGCGGUCCCCUGCCAGUUACAUCAUCCUCUGUUGAGCAACAGCCGCAGCAGCAGCAUGUUCAGCGUCCAGUUCUGUUUCGCAGUGACAACCUGAUCCCGGCGCGUCCAGCCGUCCUGCAGGCUCCUCGCCUGAGUGUCAUCCACUCUCACAAGAAUGCGCUAUUCAAACCCAUGGCUAGGCCUGCCGGCGCUCCCGACCUGCGCAGCGCAUCUCAGUUCAUGCCUUCACCUGUGCCUACAAGCCCAGAGUCGCGUCAUGUUCUUCUAGCUCAUGCAGGCGGCGGUGGUGAUGACGACAGUACAGUUAUGGGUGGCCACUAUGCUGCUGUUGCUGCAGGUGGUGGUGGUGGUGGUGGUGGUAUGUUUGGAAGUCCUGUGAAGCCAGUUGCUAUUGCUGCUUCUGCUACCGGUGGUGCCCAGCCAUCCUCAGAGAGAGAUCGUCAUGAUUCUGUCAGUAGAACGCGCAUUGAAGAAUGGGUGGCAUCGCAAUCGGAAGAUAGCAGCCAAGAUCGGGGAACUGCGGUGGCAGCUUCUCGCUCAUCUUCAUCGCGAGCGCCGACAACUGGUAAUGAGCACCCGCAAGAACACCGAAGUAGUUCAAUGCCUCGCAGUGACGGUGCCUUCCAUCCCUAUCACAGUCGACCGGACAGUUCUGCCUUUCAGCGCAAGAUCUCAGCGCAAAGCAAUGACUCAAUACGCACUGAUAGCUGGCAAUCAUCUCUCGCGCCCAACUUUGUUACCGGCUCAAUGGCUGAUCAUGAAGCAGUAUUACCAGGUGUUGACCGAAACCUUCCCGUCUCCAGUUCACUGAUUGACUUCGUUGUUGUUCUGUCACGUUUGACAAACACCGUUGCCAUGCUGACAGACGUGAUCUGCCCAACCUCAGCUCUGAUUGGUGGAAGCAGCAACAGUGGCAGUGGCGGGCUGAACAACUCGGCAGCAAGUUCUCCCACGCCUGUUGCACUGGUGUCCGGUCGAGUUCGGUCAGUCAGUGUGUCAUCCGUCGGUGAUGAAACAGAGGUAGCUGAUGUCCAGUGGCACAAAUCAAUGGAUGUUGCUGCUACAGCAUGUGCUAUGUACCAUCACGUCUUCAUGAGUGCAUUGGACAUGCUGUCGGAGUGUGCAACCUUGUACGCUGACAACAUGCUCUGUGCUGAUCUAUGCGGCAUUCCUGAAGGCAUUGCUGCGCAUCUCAUCGGCCAGAGUCUGCUCGAUCAUAUCAAGGCACAGCGUGAAGCUUGCUUGCUCUGGGGCUGUCGUCACCAUGAUGCGUCACAGAGAUGUAGCAGCAGUAGAGCCGCCAGUCCUACGCCCGAUGCAACAGCAGAGAGCGCAGCCGGACGAGCACCCAUUCGCUACAGUUCUGUCCCAUGCUCAGCCCAAUGCGCCACCGGUGGUCUUGGUGGUGGCUUACCUGGUAUAGAGCCAAUAGCUGCCGAGAUGUGCACGCGUGUGAAUAAUGUGAUGUCUCUACUCUCCGCUUACCCGUUGUUGCAGUCCAUCAUGCUUGGCCAGGUGUGUCAGAAGUGGCAACUACCCGGUAGAGACAGCGGCCUACCAUUCACGCCCAGCCUUGCACUAGGUCCUGCAGUGACGGGAAAGACGGACAAGCGUUGCAACGACGUCUGCGCACACCUUGGCCAGGUCCUGGACGGCAUGAUCUACAUCAUUGCCUAUCGCAUCAACCAGUUUGCUGCACCGUGUCUCCAGGAACUGCUCUCGUUACACCUGCCUGCUUCCUACUCUCUGGGUGAGCAUCUGCAGCCUCUUGAUCUCUACCUUUCACGCCAUUUAUCCAAGAUAAAGCUGGCGCUAUAUGAGGAGUGCUUCCAAUCUCUCCUGCUGGUCCUAUGGAAGAUGACGGUGCAGAACAUUCACAAGGUCUUUGCCGACUGGCAAACAGAGAAGAAGAAGGUUCGUCUGGAUGACCGGGCGUGCUUCCUCUUGCGUGUUACUGCUCAUUUCAUGCAGUUCUUCCACUCUUGCAAGGCCGGUCUGGAUAUGGAGCUGGUGUCCAAUGUUGCACGUCCUCUUCUGCAGCUGCUUGAUGUGUUCACCAUGCCUACAGGCAGUCUUGCAUCGCUUCAUCAGCGACUUAGCCACCGCCAGCCUGAUACUGCUGCAGGUCAGAACGGAAUGAACAUCCCGCCUGGUCUAGUCACUGCUCUGUAUUCUGAUCUACACGCUAAGAAGAAAUGUUUCUCCGGUGGACAGCUGAGCCAACGCCUGGCAGCUCGAUGUGGCCAGUUUGGAUUAUCAGGGGCGCUGCAAUCGCGCCAGCGUCUUGCGCAGCAUUUGCUCUCUUUCGGUGUCAUUCGCCCUGUGGAUGACAGCCAAUCAGGACCAUCGACGAGAAUGCCUGCAUUCCAUGACAGCAACAGCGCCCUGUAUCGCUUCACCGAGUCCGAAGAGAGCAGCUCAGACACACAGGUUGGACACCUACUUUCAUCGCUGCAAGUACAUUGCUUGGACUCUUCUCGCCUGGAUGACAGUGCUGCCAGUACUAGUCGGGAUGCUAGCAGUUCAUCUCUACGUACUGCGAGCAGCAGCAGCACCAGUAUUGCCAUUGACAGCGUUGUCAAUGCUCUUAGGAACCGGUGCAGCUAUGAUCGGACGGCCAAGGCGUACCUGUCUCGCUCCGGCCUUGCAGCUGCACCCUGACCCCAGUGUACAUAGCUAGUUUAUAUCUCUGUCUUGGCUAGAUGGUCUGCCUGACAGAACAAGUCUGUAUCAUGAACUUGAGAUGGUAUAUUUCAUUCGUUAUCUGCACUCAAGUGGCUGGCCCAUUGUGCGUAUGUUUUUAUAUGUAGCGUUAAUCCGCCCUCUCCCCUUUUUAUCCUGUCUCGUCGUGCUUGGGCUGGGCGAUCUGUUUGAUGAGUCUUGUUUUUUUAUGAAGCUUGUCGAGUUCUAAGAAAUUAUAUUUCCUCUAUGUUUUCUACCUGCAUUCGGCCAUGAUAUUAGUGUUUUAUUCUGGCUCUUGAGCGAAGUUGCUGUCUGCUUCUCACCCCUAUCCUUUCCCCUUAGGCUGUUUAGUAGUGUUGUACUUCAAGUAGUUAUUAUACGCUCACGUCUUGUAGUGCUUACCCGUACCAAGGUACGAUCCAGUGUGAUCUUUUUUUAGCCCUCUGUCAGUUGACUACAGAACAUGUUUCGCAACAUC